UGUUAGUAAUUUCAGAAUUUUAUAAAAUUAGCGAUUUUUCAGAUUGAGGAUUAAAAAAAGCAACUCUAGUUGGUGUUUACUCCCAUUCUUGUUUGAAAUAUUGAAUCAUUCUAUAUCAGUUUACUCAAGAAGAAGUGGCAAUUGAAAAUGAAUUGAACAUAUAAAGCUUACAUGAAUUAGUUUUCUGACUGUUACUGAUAGCACUGAGGGAGGAAAAAAAUAGUAUGGUACCAAAAGAUUUUAUUAGCAAGUGAAAAAAGAACAUACAAUUGCAACCAAUAAACAAGCAUCUUUUUGUCUCCAGAGUAUGUUUUAAGACUUACAAUCAUGACAAUCUUGCCAAAGAAGAAAACCACCCAGCAGAAGGCUGAAGGCGAGAGUGCUGCUGACACAACCAAUCAUUCUUACUCUACUGAAAACAUCGGGCAUCAGUCGCUCGCUUCGGAAACUCGAGAGAGGUUCAACUUCUCGAGUCGGACCUCUCCGCCCGCAUGGCCGCUGCAUUCCUCGAGAGAAGAGAAAAGACCUUCCCAUUCCGCAAACCCCGGAUUUGACGAGUAUUUCAACAGCGAUUCUGGACCGAGCCACUCCAAGAGACGUCAUCAGACUUCACCACACCGAAGUGUGCGCAAAGCUCGUACCCAUUCGAACCAUUCUCUGAGGAGUGGGGGGCCACCAAUUACGUAUCCUUCCGCCGGCCCAUCCCAGGUGCAGGUCAGUUUGAGCAAUAUACAGGAAAGGCAAAAUAAUAACCAGGGAAAGACGCCGGAACGCAAGGAAGAAGAUCCGUCUGGUUACAAUAGCGGAGAUGAAUACGAUCGCUCCUGGAGUACCAUGAAUGAGGAAGAGUUAUCGGAGAAAGAGAAAAUGUUUGAAGAUAAAUUAAGUAAGAAAGGCUACCUCAUCAAAAAGAUGGGAGAAGACGGCGCAUGCAUGUUCAGAGCCGUUGCUGAUCAGAUAUACGGUGAUCAAGAAAUGCAUACUGCUGUUAGAAAACUGUGCAUGGAUUAUAUGGCGAAGAAUUCAGAUUACUACUCGCAGUAUGUAACCGAAGAUUUUGAGAAGUACGUACAGAGGAAAAGAAGUGAUCACAUCCAUGGCAAUCAUAUUGAAAUGCAAGCAAUGUCUGAAAUGUUCAACAGGCAUAUUGAAGUGUACCAUUACAGCUCUGAGCCAAUCAAUAUAUUUCACGGCUCUCAGAAAACUGAUAAUGAACCUAUACGUUUGAGCUAUCACAGAAAUGUUCAUUACAAUUCGAUUGUAGAUCCUUACAAGGCUACCAUAGGAGUCGGCCUGGGGUUGCCAUCUUUUAAGCCCGAUGUGAUGAACAAAUCGCUUGUGAAUGACGCUAUCCGGGCUUCUGAAAACUUGCAGCUGGAACAAGCUAUGCUUGAAGAUAAGUUGAGGGCGACGGAUUGGGAGGCCACCAAUGAAGCAAUAGAGGAACAGGUUGCCCGGGAAUCUUACUUCCAAUGGUUGAGGGACAAUGAGCUAAAAUCGAGGAAAAAGGUAGGUAGGACGGCUACUGCCACUAGCAGUUCUAGUUUGAUGGAUAAUUUGUCGGGCAGCAUGUCCCCCCAGUCAAACAGGGUCAUGUCCAGAUCCCGAUGCUCAAACUCUGCCUCUUCGAGCCCCAAAAUCCACGACAGCCACUCCGGUGAAAACGAAUCAAAGUCCCCUGAGAAUUGCCUUGCUGGAACAUCAGCUUAUCAUCUGAGUCAGGCGAGCGAUGCCUGUGCAUCCUCUUCAAGCAGCAGCCACUCUAAUGGCUUCAGCUUGGAUGAGACCGCUUCUUUCCUUAACCAGCUUCCUCCUUCGGUGUUUGGAUUGACAGAAUGGGAAGAUUCGGGUGUGAUCGCCAAGGUCCUCGCACAGUCGCAGCAGGAGUACAUUGAUGCUUUGAAACGUACCAGUGCUAAUAAUUAAUUUUUAUUUUUUUCACAAGCAUAAAAUCAUUAGCUCCUGUCUAAGACUUAUCAAUUUACUUUCAUUGCUCACUAGUGCAGUCGAACUGUUUGUGAACGACUAUACUUCUGUUACUGUGAUGUCUAUAAACAGCUGUAUGAGUAUAAAGUUGUAAGUGUAAAGAAAUAUUUUCAAGUUGCUUUACUUCUGUUAUGUUGAUUGUGAAAUUGUUCAAAAGAACUCCAGUGGAAAGCGUUGUCAAAUGUAAGAGGGAAUAAAAUGGUGCAUUUAUUUGGCCAUUGUAUUAUCUUUUCUGCUUUUGAAAUGCAAUUUCCUAAUAUUGUUAAUUUUGUAUUUAAAAAAAAAAAAAUCAAUAAAUAUAGAUAAAAUCAA